AUGGCCAAGUCGAUCCGAUCCAAAGCUAAGAUGGCCUCGCGUGCCCGAAAGAGGCAGCAGUCUCACUACGCUGUUGCGGAAGCCCAGCGUACCCAGCGACUGAGCGACAAGCUCCUCGGCAAGACCGACAAGAACGAUGAGGAGAUCAAGGAGGAGGGCAAGGAAGAGGCUAUUGAGGACGACGCUGAGAUGAAGGAGGAACCCAAGAAGAUCUCCACCAGUGGUCUCAAGGGCAACAGGAGGGAGCAGUGGAGAUCAGCCCGAGGUCUGGCUCCUAGACCCAAGGCGAAGUUGGGGGCCAAGAAGAACUCUAGGAGACGAUAA